AUGCCUGCCCCCAUGCCUGCCGUCAUGCCUGCCGUCAUGCCUGCUGCCGUCCUCAAAUGCCCUCCUGUGUUCUCAAGCCCCAAAACCAGUCAACUCUCACCUGCAAAGCCGUCCCUCCCCUUCUCUCAUCUGCAACCCCCCCACUUCCCCCCACCACCCCUGCAGGUCUGCAACAUCUUUCACACGGACCUCAACCGUUUUCAGAUGGUCUGCAACAUCUUUCACACGGACCUGAUCGGUUUUCAGAUGGUGAGGAGGGAAAGACUCGCCCGCAUUCCCCUGCAAGGCAACUUCUACCCCAUGCCCGCCUGGCCUUCCUGCAACACCCCUCGGGCCUGCGCUGCCAGUCUCCAAGUAAGCUCUUCUUCCCUACACUUGCUUUCACCCCACGGCUCCCCCCUCUCCUCACGCGGUCACACCCCUCUGCCUGCCAACCCACGCCCAAUUCUACCCCAUGCCCGCCUGGCCUUCCUGCAACACCCCUCGGGCCUGGGCUUCUCUGCUCACACUCGCCAAGCCAUGGAAUGUGCCAGUCUCAAGAGCGGUUGGCUACAGAUGGUGCUAGACCGAAGGCUGAACCAGGACGAUGGAAGGGGGCUCACUCAAGGAGGCCCUGACACCCACCCGCUGCUCUCCCUGCUGUCGUCCUCCCCUCCCCUCUUCCCCUCUCCUUCUUCCACCCCCAGAGCGGUUGGCUACAGAUGGUGCUAG